AUGGCAGGCCCGUAUUUAUCACCGCUGGGGCCCCAGGCUGAUUUGCUCACAGAAUACAUGUUUGGAAGACGUCGUCAGAGACGCAAUCGGACGACUUUCACUCCUCAACAGCUUCAAGAAUUGGAGUCGCUCUUCCAGAAGACGCACUAUCCGGACGUUUUCCUAAGAGAAGAAGUCGCGCUUAGAAUUUCACUCUCAGAGGCUCGUGUGCAGGUUUGGUUCCAGAAUCGACGAGCGAAGUGGCGGAAACAAGCCCGAUUGCAAUUGUUACAAGAUGCAUGGAGAAUGCGAUGUUUGGGAUUAGGGAGCGCAGCACCUCUCCUUUUGAGGCCGCCACCCACGUCUUUGGAACGACCUGAUGCUGCGACACCACCGCCCCCACCACCGCCACCUCCGCCACCCCCACCACCUUCCGCUUCCGCCGCUACCAACGGACCACCCCUAACGGCGACCAACGCUGACAAAAUACCAGACACUCCAACUUUAUCCGUUUGCAGAGAUUACAGGAUCCUUCCACCUCCACAUGGAUAUUCUUUGACCUGUGACAAAUCUCCAGAGAGAAUGAAAUGUGGCUGUGGUUCUCCGCCGAGGAUAUGCGGUAGUCCAGUAGAAAGAGAUAUCAAUUUAACCGUCAGAGAUAGGCCCCAAGAGGCUGAAAUGGAUCUCACCGUGAAGGGUCCACCCCGACACACGCCGAUCGCUACUUUAUUCCAUCAACUACCCCAACAAGAACUCAGUCCUUCGCAAAAUGUCGACGAACCUUUGGACGUUACACUUAAUGCUAACAAAAAUAAUUAA